AUGAAUAUGCUGGUUCAGAAUUUAGCCAGAAUUUAUAAAGAAGCUUUUUUACAGGUAUUGAAUAAACCAGAGAACUGCUGUGGACUGAAAGAGUAUGCGAUCCAGUGUUUGGUUGCGGAUAUAGCUUCAGCUGUUGAGUACCUCCACGGCAAGAGGAUUAUUCACAGAGAUCUCAAGCCAGAAAACAUAGUGUUGAGUCUUAUAGAGGAAAAGAUUGUUUACAAGCUGAUCGAUCUAGGAUAUGCCAAAGAGUUGGACCAAGGCAGUGUGUGUACAUCAUUUGUUGGGACGUUACAAUACCUUGCUCCCGAGUUAUUUGCCAGUCAGAAGUAUACAUGCACAGUGGACUACUGGUCAUUUGGGACAGUGGUGUUCGAAUGUAUCACCGGCUACAGACCAUUCCUACCAUCAACACCUCCUGUUGCAUGGCACAAGGAAGUUUGUCAGAAAUCACCAGAAGAUAUUUCUGCGAUUCAUGAUAUAAAUGGCGAUGUUAAGUUUUCCAAGAAACUUCUGUACCCUACCAGUCUGUGUAGAACACUCCAGGUUUAUUUUGAGAAAUGGUUGCAAUUCAUGCUGCGAUGGGACCCAAAGUCGCGUGGUGGGGGUCUGCUGGACGGGCGACCGCGCUGCUUCAGUUUGUUGGAUUCCAUGCUAAACAUGAAG